UGAUGAACCAUGGUGGCACUUGAGUUACAGUCUCUGCCCCUUCCUGGGGGCAUGGGAGAGCUACUGUGGAAACCUUUUCCUUGGGAAACACCAUCCAGCCUCAGCAGCUGCUGGACAAGGCCAGAGGCUUCGCUGGGGGAGGAUUCUCUUGUGGCUCAUGGGAUUGUGCACCACUGGGAGCUUUUUCCACUGAAGGUGUUGGUGCUGGUUUCCCCCGUGGGGUUGUCCAGGCAUUUCCUGAGGGCUCUUCUCCCACGGAGAGCUUCCUCUGGAGCAUGAAACAUAAUGGGGCUGCUGGUCUGCCUUCCCUGCCUGCAGUCAGGAAGCUGGUGGGAUUCAUCCCCUUGUUUCUCAGGGAUGCAUGGACUCUGCCUGUCACCUCUGCCUGCUCAUCCUGCUGUACAACUGGAGUGGGACGAUUUCUGCACCAUUUAAACCGCAGAUCUCAAAAGAUAUUGAGUUGCUAUAAGCUCCUGGAAAUUGUUUUCUGACCAGUGGAGGCAAGGAGACUCUCUUUGUGCCCUGCUGAGGGUGGGUAUAGUGCUUGAUGAGAAAAUCCUGGCAUCUGGAGAUGUUGGGAACCCAUAUCUGUCGCUGCUGCCUGGGGCUCAGGCUGAGCAGGGUGGAGGGUAGAGGGUCUCUGGGCAGUAAUCCCUGGGCUCAGGCUGGAUUCCCAGUGGAGGCUGCAGCCAGGGAUGUGUGCUGGGCUCAUCCUGCCUGACAGUGAGGCUCCUGAGAGGUGACAGGGAGGGCUGGGAACCUGGCUGGAAUGGGUGACCCUGUGCCCAGCGUCUGGCCAUGCCCCACGGCAGGAGUGUUUGCCUGCCCGGCCUUUCCUGCACUUCCCUGGGAAAGCACGUCCAUGGGAAGGGCGGGAAGAGGAGGAAGCUGGCUGCUGGCUCCCUCUGGGACAGGACACUUGGAAACCUUUUCUGUGACAGCACUCCUACAUGAGGAGGGCUCAGCCUGGGCUGGUCAAACAUCCCCCUGCUCCAGGGGGCUUCUCCCUGUUGGAGAGGCUCUGGAGGGAUACAGGACUUGCCACAGCAGGCAGAGCCCAGGACCUGGCUGCUGGAGAGGAGAGGAGGGGUGGAGGUUUGGGGCCCUGGCCCCCUGCCAGCCCGUGCGUGGGGAGGCGGCGGAGGGAAGGAAAUGUCGUGCUCUGACUCCGCAUUUCCACCACGACGAUGAGUGGCUGAGCCCAGUCCUGCUCAGAGCAUCCUGCUGCAGCCCUGGGCUCUGGCUGCUCCCAGCCUGCUGGGGUGGCCGUGGUCACGCUGGGUGUCACCAGGCUCCGGCGUGGCCGCAGUCGGUGCCCGGCCAUGCUCUGGCACCAGCUGAGCCCCGCUGCGGGCAGGGGGAAGCUCAGCCACGGCCCUGCUCCUGCUGCCCUCCGCCAGAGCCAUCCCUGGGGCAGGAUCCAUGGCACAGAAAUCGAAGCCAAGAAAGCGUGCGACUGGCUCCGGGCAGCGGGGUUCCCCCAGUAUGCCCAGCUGUACGAAGAGUCGUCAUUCCCUCUUGACAUCAGUGCUGUGAAGAGGGACCACAGCUUCCUGGACCAGGAUUCCCUCAAAUCCCUGUGCAGGAGGCUGAUGACCCUGAACACCUGUGCCUCCAUGAAGCUGGAUGUUCACUUUCAGCGUAAACAGAAUGAAGACUCUGAGGAGGAAGAGCAGUGUGCCAUCAGCACCCGGUGGACCUACCAGAGGGACAGCAAAAGGUGGUCACGGGUGGGGUCCGCCGAUGUCCUGUCCCAGGGCUCGGAGGCCCUGAGCUGCACCGUGCGCCCGGUGUCCAGCCGUGAGAGCGUCCUCACGGACCUCAGCACCAACCCCGAGGCCACGUCCCUGCACAGCACGGGCAGUGUGGGCAGCGUGGGUGGCACGGGCGGCAUGCUGGGCACCGCGGCCGUGCCAUCCGAGCCCCCGUCCCCGCUCCGUGCCGCUGCCACCGCCUACAGCUGCAGCCAGAGCGAGGGUUCUGCGCCGGAGCAGCCCUCGGGCCAGGGAGAGGCCUCUAAGGAGAAGCUGAAGAAGCGACGGUCUCGAAGCUUCCUGAAGCGGAUCGAGUCCCUGCGGAGGAAGGACAAGGAGAAACCCAGCCCAGACAGGACGGUGGCUCCGCACAGCAGCGCCACUCUCCCGCCAGGAUGGGGCUCUCUGAAGAGUGAUGGGGACCUUGCGGCCACCAGGACCAACUCCUCUAAAAGAGGGACACCUGCCCCUUUCCACAGCAAAAAACACUUCUUCUCGGUGUCGUACAGGACUAACCGCUUGCUCGGCCCCGGGGGCACCAAGGGCAGCUCCGACCCCAAACGCGGUGGAGUUUACCUGGAGGAUUACGACACAGACACGGCCACCGCCGCCGGCGGUGCCUGGGCUGCUGCCGAGUGCCAGCGCCGGGCUCGCCAUGGCGAUUGCCUGGUCUAUAUCCCCUGUGACCACAAACCCGGCACCUUCCCCAAAUCCCUGUCCAUCGAGAGCUUGUGUCCCCUGGCCGGCAGCUCCCUGACCCACUGGAACGCGGGGAGCGCGGCCGCGGGGCGCGGCAGCGGCAGCAGCGUGGAGGGCUCGUCCUCCCCGAGGGGCUUCGCCCGCCGGCGCCGGGGCUCCUGCAGCUCCCUGGGCAGCCGCGUCAGCGUCUACGACAACGUGCCGGACUUCGGCAGCAGCGAGGAUUUCGGCAAGGACGGGGAGGUCACCUUCCAGAACCUCGACGACAUCCUGAAGCAGAUGGGCUUGCUGCAGCAGAAGGUGGAGCUCUGGUGUAAAGCCGUCUCCCCUGGCCUGGAUGGAGAGGAAGGAGGCGACGACGAGGAGGACGAGGAGGAGUCGGACUCGGGAGGGGAGCCCUCCAAUCUGCAUUUCGAAGAACAGUCCAUGUCGGAUGUUGGCACCUCUGCCAGUGACUUUGAUAGCACUGGGAACUCCCUCAACGAGGCUGAAGAAAUCGAGACACGGGAGCGCCGGGAUUCGGGAGUAGGAGCAUCCCUCACAAGACCCUGCAGAAAGCUGCGUUGGCACAGCUUCCAGAACUCACACCGGCCCAGCCUGAACUCGGCCUCGCUGGAGAUCAACCGCCAGUCAUCAGCCCAGCUCAACCUGCUGCAGAAGUGCUCCCUGCUCCGGCUCACGGCCAUCAUGGAGAAGUACUCUGUGCCCCACAAGCAGGCCUGGACGUGGACUGUCCCCAAAUUUAUGAAGCGGAGCAAAGUCCCUGACUACAGGGACAAGAUGGUUUUUGGGGUGCCACCCAUCGUCAACGUGCAGCGGACAGGGCAGCCCCUGCCCCAGAGCAUCCAGCAGGCCAUGCGCUACUUGCGCAGCCAGUGCCUGGACCAGGUUGGCAUUUUCCGCAAGUCCGGGGUGAAGUCCCGGAUCCAGGCGCUCCGGCACAUGAACGAGACCAGCCCCGACCACGUCGACUACUCGGGGCAGUCGGCGUACGACGUGGCCGACCUGCUGAAGCAAUACUUCCGCGACCUGCCCGAGCCCAUCUUCACCAGCAAGCUGACCGACACCUUCCUGCAGAUCUACCAGUUCGUGUCCAAGGAGCAGCGGCUGCAGGCGGUGCAGGCCGCCAUCAUCCUCAUGCCGGACGAGAACCGGGAGGUGCUGCAGACCCUGCUCUACUUCCUGAGCGACAUCGCCUCGGCUGAGGAGAAUCAGAUGACAGCUGGGAACCUGGCUGUGUGCCUGGCGCCCUCCAUCUUCCACCUCAACGUGUCCAAGAAGGAAAGCACAUCGCCCAGGGCCAUACACAAGAGGGGCACCAUGGGGAAGCCAGACCAGAAGGACCUCAAUGAGAACAUGGCUGCCACGCAGGGGCUCUCCCACAUGAUCAGCGACUGCAAGAAGCUCUUCCAGGUCUCCCAUGACAUCUUGCUGCAGCUGAGCAGCUCCUAUAUGGCUGCAGACGCUUAUCCCCACCCCCUGGCUGACUUGGUGUGCCAGGGGGAGAGCAAGGAUUUACACUCCUACUUUGAGCAGAGUGUCCAGAACCUGCUCAAAGAGUCGUCAGAGAAAUUCAAGGGAUGGCUGAGCACACCAGGGCCCCUGAACACGGAGCUCUCCUGCAAAAAGGUUGGGGACGGGCACCCUCUGCGCCUGUGGAAGGUCUCCACGGAUGUCGAGGCCCCUCCUGCCACGGUGCUGCACCGGGUGCUGCGGGAGCGUCACCUGUGGGACGAGGACCUGCUGCAGAGCAGGGUGGUGGAGGCGCUGGACAAGGACAUGGAGGUGUACCACUACGUGACAGACAGCAUGGCCCCGCACCCGCGCAGGGACUGCAUGGUGCUCCGGCGCUGGCGCACGGACCUGCCGCGGGGAGCCUGCCUGCUCAGCUCGCUCUCGGUGGAGCACGACAAGGUGCCAGUGGAGGGAGGUGUCAAGGCCAUCGUGCUGACGUCCCAGUACCUCAUCGAGCCCAGCGCCAUGGGCCGCUCCCGGGUGACCCACAUCUGCAGGGCUGACCUCAGGGGUCGGUCUCCUGAGUGGUAUAACAGGGUCUUUGGCCACCUCUGUGCCAUGGAGCUGGCGAGGAUCCGAGACUCUUUCCCAGCCCUGAGUCCCGUCGGCCCCGAGACAAAGAUUUGAGGCACCAGGAAGAUGCUCUGUCCUUUCAGAUGUGGACUCGCCAUUGGAUCCGGACUGGGGCUCUCGGCAGGAAGCACGGCGUGGUGCAGUGCCUGUGGAGGUGGAGACAGAGGCACAUAUUUGUAAACGUCCUUUCACCCUGGGCUGGGCAGUCCCGUGCCAUGGCCCGGGUGCCGCAGGGCAGGGUGGCCACAGAGGUGUGGUGUCCCACAGGAGAAGUGGAGCAGAGGGAAAGAGUGGCCAUGGGGUCACCCCUGGAUGCAGCCUGUGGCAGGAGCUGGAGCCCCCACAGAAGCCAGGAGCAACAGCAGGGGUGAAGGAGCGUGGAGUGAGGCAGGAGGAGCGAGCAGGGAAAAUGGGGCCGUGUCUGCAGGUCGCAGUGCGGGGUCGGGAAGUGGAGGGUGGGCAGCGAGGGGGGGAUUGUGUGUGUGGUGUCACCCGUGGGGACAGCCAGGGAGUCACUGUGUGGUAGUGGAAGAGGCUGCUGUUCUGGAAGGAGGGGGCUGCCUAUAUUUAGAUAGAUAGGUGCCAGCCCCUGUCGAGGGGCAGAUGGAACCUGUUGCAGCAUUGGUGCUGAAUUUAUGGAAGAAGCAGUCUGUAUUCCCGUGCCUUGCUCUUCCUUGGCUAAAAGCCCUCUCUCUGCACUGGGUGUCACUUGGAGGAAGGGUGGUUGGACCAUGUUCCAAGCCAAGACCCUCUUCAACCAGCUGACCUGUUAUUUGCAUGGGGCAGGACGCUGCUGGAGCCCUGGGGCAGCUGUGCCUGGGUGGGAAGGGGCAAUGCCUGGAAAGAGGCAUCGAGGUGGGGAGAGACUCCCCAGACCAGCCCCCGCUUUGUGCUGCCCUCAGUGUUGAGGGCUGUACCCCGAGAGAGAGGAGGGAUGGCAGGAGGAGCAGUUGUUUGGGAUUCACCCCUCUUUGGGCAGGUACAGAUGACCCAUGGCCACCUACUCCCUGCAGAGACAUCCGUUUCCCUUUCCACCCCUUCCUUCCCUUCAUGAAGGAGCUGUUCACUGGAGCUGUCAGCACCCAGGAGAUGACCUGGUUUCUCCAUUCAGGCAGGGACCCAAAUUCCCAGACGUCGUUCCAACUGGAAGGCAACACGACCCAUGAGCUGGGGACCCCCAGUGUCAGUUUGGCCAUAACUGUCUGUCUUUUGGUAAAAAGAAAAGCACAAGUCAGCCUCUAGUCUGUGUUUAUAUAUAUAUGUAUUUUAUAUAUAUAUAUAAAUAUAACUAACAUGUGGGGGAGUGAAUUUUCUCCUGAUAUUUUUUUAAAGUGUUUCUUUUUUUUUCUAUCUAUAAAUACUUGUACAGGUGGAAUAUUAAUAUAUAACUCUGGUGGCAGAGCUCAGCACCAGGUGAAGCUCGCUUAGAGCUGGGUAUUUUGUAUUUAAGGGACUUUUGUUUUGUAUCAUAUGAAAGUGCAGCAGUUGUUUGACUUGGAUUGGGGCUGCUCUUCCCAUCCGUGCAAUUAAUAAAGUACUAACAAGA